GACAGGACAGACGGGCUCUAAACAAAAGUAAAAAUAUAAUACACCAGCUGAGAUGCAGUCGCGCAGCAAGUCCGAUAUGAAACCCAUUCGAAAGGAGAUCCUUAAUCCGGGAAACGCCUACAUAGAGCUUACUCCGGGCACUAGGGUAAAGUUCCAUUUCCAGACGCGCAAGGCUGGCAACAGUCGCAUCAUCGAUGAUAGCCGCAAAAUGGAGAAGCCCAUGGAACUGGUCUUAGGCAAGAAGUUCAAGCUGGAGGUCUGGGAGCUCAUUGUUCAACAGAUGUCCCUCAACGAGGUGGCAAAGUUCACAGUGCACAAGUCGCUCUGCGCUCAGUAUCCAUUUAUAUCGAAGACACUGCGGGACAUUGGCAAGAAGCCCGAGGAACGACGUCAUUGCUGCGGAAUGACAUUGCAAAACGAAGGCAUUGGUUACCCCGAUCUGGACGAGCUGCUUCAGAAUCCCGCAGAGCUUGAGUUUAUCAUCGAGCUGAUCUCGAUUGAACUACCUGAACAGUAUGAGAAGGAACGUUGGCAGAUGUCCGACGACGAGAAGAUGCUGGCCACCAGUACACUUCGCGAACGGGGCAAUAACUUUUACAAGGCCAGCCGAUUCACGGAAGCGGAGACCUGCUAUCGGGAGGCCGUAGGCAUUGUGGAGCAAUUGAUGCUCAAGGAGAAGCCACACGACGAAGAGUGGCAGGAGCUGGCGGCCAUUAAGACUCCUCUGUUGUUGAACUAUGCGCAAUGUAGGUUAAUAGCCGGUGACUUUUAUGCCGUGAUCGAGCAUUGCAACGAGGUGCUCACCCUGGAUCCGCGCAAUGUCAAGGCUCUUUUCCGACGAGCUAAAGCGCACGCCGGCGCCUGGAAUCCAAUGCAGGCGCGUCGCGACUUCAUUGAUGCUUUAGCUUUAGACGCCAGCCUCAAGUCGACCGUGUCAAAGGAGCUAAAGUCCAUCGAGGAUCAACAGCAGGCACGUAACGUCCAAGAUCGUAUUCACAUGCAAAAGCUAUUCUAGAACAUAAGUUGCGUCAAUGUGCUGCUCAUGCUGCUUGUUUAUUGGAGCAGCUACCUGCAGCGCUAGCAGUACCUGUCACUUCCCUCUUUCCUUUCGCUGGCCGUCACCUUUGCCCAUGGUCUCGUCCUGCUCUGUUCGCUUGCGAAUCUAUUCCUCUGCUGCUGGACGCUCAGGAAACUACUGAGAGCACUAGAGCGGGCCAGCUGGUGAUUUUUAGAAAACCCAACACAAUCAACUAAGGUACCACCACCUCAUACUGUGAGAGCUGCAUUUCGGAGCACAAUAUUUAUUAACCUAUACUCAUCCUCCGCCUCGAAUCACAUUCAACGGUGUAGACUAAAAACGUCAGAAAUGUAAAGUAAAUGUACCCUCCAGAUGCAUGAGUGGAAUCAUGUGUGUAUAUGGAAUGCAAAAUGUUGUUCAUGUAGCGUUUACCAAAACUAAAAAUCAAAUGUUUCACAUUUGUUGUCCAUAGUCAUAUGUGUAUGUUUGUAAAUGUAUAUCCCUAUAUGCGAUAUUUACUCGUAGCUAGAAUCUAUUCUAAAACUAGACAAAUUGUAUAAGAUGUAAUAAAUGUGCUUUUGAUGCUGUCUAAUUGUUAAAUGUAGUUUGAGACUUUAUCGUUUGUAUAUGCAUAUGCGGUAAGCAUGCAUAACAAUAUGCAUUAGCAUAAGUGAUUAAAAUGUAUACAAAUAAAUAUCUGUACUCUCUAAAUGGACAAAAGAA